AUGAUAAACAACAGUCUAUUUGACUACAUCACCAUCCGAGGAUCUAUUAUCGCUCUUCGUCUCAUUGCGCCGCUCAGCAUCGUUUACUUGCCUUGCGGUUUCUUGAAUACGUUUGGACUAUCAUGGAUAUAUAACGCUCCCUUGACACUGUAUACCUCAGCUGAAGCUGUGUUCUACUUACUUGUAUAUCUUCCUAGACGGAGGAAGCUCCAAGAGCCUCCCAUACACAGGCCUCCAUAUCUUACACAAGCGCAAAGACAGCGGAUAUUUGAGAAGUGUCUCGAAGCAGAUCAAGUACAUCGUACUUUAGGAUAUACACACGGUCGACCGUAUCCAACAGGAUGGUUUCUUCCUGCUGAAUCGAUACCGACGCGCAAGGAUGCUAUUGACUGGCUUCUAUGGGCACUUUUUUCGACAUCACGCGGAACAGGAACGGUUGAUUUGGAAGAGGAGGGCGUGAAACAGGAAUUGAAUGGUUAUAUUGAGAGGAUUGAACAGGCGAUGGGAACGCGUUUAGAUGACGAUCAUUUCGAUGAAAAUGAAGGGCACGAGGAUCGAACGCCAAGGGUGGAUGAAGAAACGGGGAGAAGCGAGUCUGAAAGAUCUAAGGACACAGUGCGGAGCAUGCGUAUUACGCUAGACCCCGUGCAGAUGCUUCACAGACCGUUGCUGUGGUAUUUUAUUGUAUGUCUCGUUGACACAUACGCGACCAUAUAUCUCCUCUUUCUUGGGUUUAAACACUACUCUCCACGCACGAGAGAGCACCGCCUGUGCUUUCCUCCCCGACCUAUCCUAUACUUUGUGUCAAGAUCUAAAAUGCCUGUUAUAUUUUUUCAUGGAAUCGGGAUUGGCUUGUAUCCAUAUAUCCCAUUCAUCAAGAAAGUAUUCCCGGGAGACAAUUUGAUGGAGGGAGAUGUGGGUGUUCUACUUCCCGAGUUGUUACCUAUAAGUAUGCAUAUGACACCAUUGUCUGUGCCUCCCCGUUCAGAGAUGCUACAGUCUUUGGACCUUAUUCUUGAUCAUCUCAAAGCAAGUGAUAUCGGGUCUCCUCACGAUGUGCAACAUGCGCACUACACCGAUGAAACAACUGGCGAAAGCAUUGAACCAAUUUCGUUCUUGCGCAGUUCUUCCCCCACCACCUCUUUCGUAUCCACAUCCUCCACAGGAGCUUCGUUGCCAUCAUAUGCCACGAUUACUCCCUCACAGUCCCAGCAAAGCCUUUCCAUUGAUACAGCUCUUGACACCAACAAUCACCGUGCUCCAAUCUCUGACACGGACUGGAGCAGAGUGGUGCUUGUAGCUCAUUCCUAUGGCACAUUUGUCGCUGGAUGGAUGAUGAGGAUGUGUGUAGAUGCGGACUUGUUCGAUCGCGAUGACGUUAUUGCCCCUUCCCUAUCCCCAGCACUAGAAGUUGAACAAUCCCCCUUGAGACUAGCACACAAGAUUGCCCAUGUGGUUCUUGUGGAUCCUAUUCCCAUCCUUCUUUCCGACCCUACAGUCGCACACAACUUCCUUUACAGGCAUCCUGGGACCGUCUGCCCAAUCAUGCUAGGGUGCGCUAAUGAAAACAUCGAAGUCGAAAACAUUGGCGUCACUGGAAUAAAUGAAGGUGAAUUCUUGGUACAGAACAGUGUGCAAGCUAUCCCACCUCCCAACGUCUCUAACAUGAUGAUGCCGGCCGUCAAUAGCGCCAGAAAUGUCUCUAAGCGUCUCAAGCACACCUUUUUCUCGAGGUAUUACUCGUCUGCGGCGGCAUGGCAGUUGUGGUACUUUGCGAGUCGCGACGCGGAUGUGGCCAGGACACUCUGUCGCACCUUUUUCUGGGCCGAAGGCGGCAUGUGGAGGGAAGAGGUGGGCAAGUUUGUGUGCGGCUCUGGGAACAUUAAGUACACCUGCUCUGAUACGAGCUAUGCUCAUGCUGGUAUAGACACACACCGCCGCACCCCGACUCUUUCCGUGCCAAACCAUUCUGACUUGGAAGUAGGAAGGGGGAAAGAGACAUUUCGCGGCCGUAAUGUGGCCGUAUUUCUUGGCGGGAUGGACCAGAUUGUACCUGCUGAAGCUAUCAGGAUACACCUCACUAGAGAGAGGAGAUGCACGAGGUGGUGGUCUGCAAAAGGGUCAGAUUUAGACUCAAAUGGUUACAUAAAUACCGCGCCGAGAACACCUGCUGGUAUUGAUUCAGACCUAGGAGUGGAUCAGCAGGAAGUUGAAGAGGAGCAAGCUUUCCAUGCUCUCAACACUUCCAGUAGUGCUGUUGAGACAUUAUCAUCUUCAGCCUUACCUGCCGGGAAGCCAUGUGUUGUCCCAUCUGUUCCAUGUUCAGCUUGUCAGGGAGAUCAUUCAGGCAUGUUAGAAGUGCUAUUCAACCCAGACCUUGACCACGCUGUAAUUUUUGAUCACAAGGAAUAUACAGAGCCGCUUGUCGAGGUCGUAAGGCGGUAUACAGGAGACCGGUAA